AUGCAAUUGCCCGUGUUGGGUUUAAGACUUGAAGAGAGGAUUGUGUGUAGGAGUGUUUUUGGCGGAAGGUUUUCCUGGCCCGACCUAGGUGUGGAGCACGUGUACUUCACCGAAGGGGAACAGUGGUACCAGGAUCCUGCAAUUGGCAGCGUAUUACACUUUCGGCUCCGGACUGCGGCCGCAGUACUGGGGCGCUUGGAUCACAUCACCAACUGCCAGCAGGACUGCUUGGAGCUUGCGCAGCAGCGGCUCGCAUCUGAGGAGUGCAAGGAUCGGCCUAUGGAUGAAACUUGGAAUCAGAUCUGGGACGACUACUUGCCCACCCUUAUACAUGAGUUCGGGGCCAGCAUCCAGCAAUCUUCCGCCCUUCCUGUCCUGGAAGCCUUAGUUGCCACCAUGAAAGCAGAUGGCUGCGUCACUUUGAAGCAUCCGCAGUUUCAGUACAUCGUCGGCUCUCAAGUCACCUGGUGCGAGGGUGAUCCCGAGUUGAUUCGCGGGCUGGCGUGGAUCUGCCCGGAAAGUUGCGGCUGCGCGGCCGCGGGCGCCUCGCUACCCAGCUACUGCCCCCGAAGCUGCGCUGCCUAA